AGCUCUCAGCCGCCAAAACACAUGCUCAUAUUUCCUCUACUUCGCUUCUCUCCUCCUCCUCUGUGGUUGCAGCGGCUCCCAUGUCAACCCCUAACCCCAUUUUCAAAAUUUUCCCCAAAACUCCCCUACCCAACUAUCCACUCCUCGCCAUUUUCAUCUCCUCUUCGCAUUCUCCCCGCAAAAUUUUCUGGGUAUCCCAGAAAAUUUCCGAAUUCUCUAUUAUCGAGUUAUUUGGCUUCCGCUUCAGCCGGGGAGGAUGAGUUCGAAGUUGAAUUGGACCGCCUAUUGGCUCUGUUGCCGGAGGAGAUGCGUCGGAGAGUAAGCGAGCACGCGGAGCUCCACCAGUUGAUUGAAGUUGUCAUGGAUUUGGGUCGGAAGCCGCUGGCCCGGUUUCCCUCCGGCGACUUUGUUUUGUCGGAUUGUCCGAUCACUGUUCAGGAUAUUGAGUUUGCUACUUCUCAGGUUGGUGACUUUGCCAUUGAUAACCGGGCAGGUAUCAGCCGGACGUUACACCGCAUAAGUGCUAUAAGGAAUCGGAAGGGUGCAAUUAUUGGUUUAACUUGUCGUGUUGGUCGGGCAAUAUCAGGAAGUGCCAACUUGUUGCAAGAUUUGGUUAAAGAUGGGGCUUCUUUGUUGCUCAUUGGGCCUCCAGGAGUAGGAAAAACUACAAUUAUCAGGGAAAUAGCUAGGAUGCUUGCAAAUGAUUACAAGAAACGUGUGAUGAUUGUUGAUACCUCAAAUGAGAUUGGUGGGGAUGGUGAUAUACCUCAUGCAGGAAUAGGUAAUGCUCGUCGGAUGCAAGUUCCCAACUCUGAUAUGCAACAUAAGGUACUAAUAGAAGCUGUUGAAAAUCAUAUGCCUCAAGUGAUUGUAAUUGAUGAAAUUGGCACGAAGCUUGAAGCCAUGGCUGCUAGCACAAUUGCACAACGUGGGAUUCAGCUGGUUGCCACUGCUCAUGGAGUAACCAUAGAGAAUUUGAUAAUGAAUCCUUCUUUAGAGAUGCUUGUUGGAGGAAUCCAGAGUGUAACACUAGGGGAUGAAGAGGCAAGCCGAAGGGGGGUACAGAAGACAGUGCUUGAGAGGAAAGGUCCCUCAACAUUUAGUUGUGGUGUGGAGAUAAUUUCAAAAACUGAGUUGCAAGUUCAUCCUAGCUUAGAAGCUACUGUGGAUGCUAUCCUUUCAGGUCGAUUCCCACAUUUUGAAGUGAGGAAGAUAAACUCUCAGGGAGUAGAAAACAAAGUACAAAGUGAAGCUUUUGUUCACAAUUCAUCUGAUGAGAAAAAUGAGGUGGUUGAAGAUGGUCUGGAGAUGAAUGAGGAAAGCAGUACCCUUGAUGAACUCAUUUCUGAACCUCCUCCAGACAUGGGGGGGAGUUCAGCGCAAGAUACGUCACCUGUCCGAGUAUUUGCUUAUGGGAUCCUGGAGACAAGCGUGAUUCAAGGGAUUAAACAGUUGAAAAUGAAUGAUAAAGUUGAUUUAACUGAUAAUAUCAGCGAAGCAGAUGCUCUACUUGCCUUGCAGUCCAAACUCAAGAAGAAUUCACGGAUUCAAGCUGCUGCUAAGUCUCACGACAUACCCAUCUAUGUGACAAAGACAUGCUCAUUAGUGCAGAUAACAAAGGCUGUUAGAGCAAUACUGAACGGUCAUGCGGAUGAUUUAAAGGAUUUUGGAUCAGAAGACAAAAUAAAUUUGUCAGAGAGGAUUGAUGCCCUGGAGGAGGCUAGAUUGGCAAUUGAACAGGUAGUGAUCCCCGAAGGGGAACCUGUGGAGCUACUCCCAAGGCCAUCCCAUAUUAUGCUUCUUCAGAGGGACCUUAUCCGGAAAUAUAAGCUACAGUCAGAGAAAAUUGGUACAGAGCCAGAUGUGAGACUACGCAUACUUCCAUUUCAAACUAGGACGGAUGAAGAUAGACACACCAGUGAAUCAGAUGUCCUAGAUAGCGGGCUUGAUGACUUCAUCUGCAGCAAAAAUGGCACAAUUGGUACACCCAAUACUGUUGAUAGAUUACCUCUCCUACCUGAAUAGUCAUUAGAAUUUGUCUCGGUACAUUAUCUUGCUUGUAGUUGACAUACCUGUCUUACAAAGCUCUUGCUAUGCCUGGUUUUGUGUACUGCUGGGGCAUUAGACUCUUGUAAAUAGGCUUUCUCAAAUUCAUGAAACAUUCACAAGCCUGUAGGGGCUAAAUUGGAAGACCCACCUACCAAAUUGGUGUCGCAUUUUACACUCUUUGUUGCAAAAGUUUUAAGCUCUACAUCUGCUGUUGUUUGAUUGGCAAGAGAGUGCCCUGCCAAGGAUAAAACAGCCAGAGGGAGAAAACUUCACCAGGAUACCCACUUUGUAUUGUGUUUGUCUUGCCUUUUCAGUCUCUCAUCAAAGGCUACCUUGUAAGAUUGUGAAACUAUCAAAUUCUCCCAGUUGUUAAAGUUGUUAAUGUUAUCACUUGAUCCAUCUUCUAU